GCCGACUUUGUUUAUGUCAAUGGCGUGCGACGACGCCUUCUGUUGACAUUUUUAAUUUUAUCAAUAUUUUAUCAAACAAUAACUAUUAAUUGACUACGUUCCUGCUUGAUUAUUUACUGAAUUGUGCUGCAGUUGAUCAAAUUAUGUUCAUAUUUGUAAAGUGUUCAACAUGAAACUAAAGAAGCCGAAAUCAGAUACCGAGGAGGUGAUUCCUCCUCAGGCGGAAAUCAUUGAGGCGGACUUGUACAAACGCUCAUACUUUGGUCCUGAUGUGCCGACUUUGGAACUUGAGUGUUGGGAAGAAGAAUUAUCCGAAGCUCAACUCCAAGCUUAUAAGAACGCCGACGAUGAGUACAAAAGUAUUCAAAAUAAACUUGAUGAUAUGGUGAAAAGCACUGGUGGCGAAAUUGUGUACAAUGGAGAUCAAUUUACAGCUUAUCAAUUACUGGGAAAACAGCCAGUUUUGAAGGACCUGGAGAGGCAAAGUGCUGAAAUUAUACGAUCAAGAUCUCGUUCACUUUCAGUUUCCAAAGAAAAACCAAUAGGAAAACGAGGAAGACCAAGGAAAAAUCGUGAGGAAGACAGAAAUUAUUCUCCAUCUCCAGAAAAAGCAAAGUCACCUGAGCUAAGACAUAAGAAGAAGAAGAAAGAUAAAGAAAAAAAUAAAGAGAAAGAAAAGGAGAAGGAAAAAGAAAAGGAAAAGGACAAAGAUACUAAGACUAAAGAUAAAACAUUAGCACCGUCUAAUGUACACAGUGUAGUGACGAAUGUUCGUCCUUCAGAAGCCUCGGCUAUAGGUGGUCUGCUCACUGGCAGUGCCACGAAGACCACUGCCAUUGUCGACCUAACCAAGGAAGAUGGCAACAAAAAUGUGGCAGAUUCACGAGAAGUGUCAUUCAAUAAAUUGCAAGGCAAAACAUUCCCUUCGCUGGUAGUAGUGGCGCGGCCCUACCUCCGCUCCAAAGAGGCGCCGCCGCCUUCCGACCGCUCGGCGCUCGACAGCAAGGUGAAGUCUGUCCUGAUGCACACACCAAUGAAGUUCACGGAGUGGCUCAUCCAGCAGGGGCUGGUGCGGUCCGAGCAGUGGUGCGCCGUGCACGCCGGCAACAAGCUCAAACUAGGCAUGUACUCGGACGUGUCGAAGUUCCCGUACUCGGGUGGGUACGUGUGGAUCUCGGAGUGCUGCCCCACGCGGUUCGUGUCCGUGUUCUGUUCCUCCGUGUUUGAGGGCGCCACCUUCCCGCCCAGUGUCAUCCUCAAGCUGAUCUACCACUGGGCCUGCCAGACCAACGUGCAGAACGUGGUGCAGUGGGUCAAGGUCGACAACCUCUACGUCAAGGGCCUAUUCACGUGGCUUCGAGCGGUUUGUACUUCGGCCAUCCAUCAGCAUAUGGGGCUACUGGGAGGUCCGGGGAAGAAGAUUGAAGUUGGGGUGAUCUCCUUGGGCACCACCAGCCACGACGGCACGCAGAGACAAGUGAAAGUGGAGGUGCUGGGAAUUCUGGACCCUGUCGAGAAAUUGAUACGUCUCAGAGCCGUGGAACCUUUAGCGGAGCACGAGAAGAACUACAAGAAGCGUUUCCAGAAGAUUCUAGAACCGCUCACGGGAUGGGUGCACUCCAGCUCUGUGAUACUGACUGACCUGACCGUAGACAAAGGCACUCUAGUGUCCAUGGGUUUCAAGCACGUGCACCAAUCCUCGUCCCAUUCCGACCAGCCGUCGAGAAACAGCAACGCCAAUAUCAUGGAGUAUCUCCGACGCAUCGUGCCCAGAAUGUUCCAGAAUACGCUGUCGCUACUCUCCAGGCAGAUUAUCCAACAGUUCUUGGAUGAGCUAGUGUGGAGGGAAAAAUACGGCAUAUCGCCUGGGCUAGCGUUCGACAACAUCGUGCUACACAUCUCGGAACAAACCAAGCUUGAAGCCAAGGAGGCCAUCACCGUGCGCCUCAACAAGAUCGCUGCUAAUCCUUUCAAGAUGUGGAAGUAUCCUAAGAAGAAGGACAAAUCCGACGAGCCCGAACUGGAGCCGGAGCCGGUGCGCGGCAAACGAGGCCGGAAGAAGAAGGAACCAUCCCCCCCACCCCCCGUCAGCAAGAAGAAGAAGAAGGCUGCCACCACAUAUGUCGACGACGACGAUGAAGAGGAAGAGAUACCGCUCGCCCUCCGUCGCACCAAAAUCAAGCAGGAGAAUGAGAAAGCCAAAGAAAAGGACAAAGAAAAGUUGAAAGAGGAAACCCCCACCCCGACCCGGGGACGCCGCAAAGCACCCAAGAGUUACGUCGAUGACGACUUGGACGAUGUGCCACUUAAAGCCAUCAAGAAGGAAGUCAAACCUGAGGAGACGGUGUCGAUGGAGAGGUAUUACUUUGGACAAAUCGGUGGGGAUAAAGAGGAACACAAGAUGGCCAUCGCUGUGCAGUGUCCAUUGUGCGAGGUGGAGUUCAACGACAACGUGUCGCUGAUGCUGCAUCUGUUCAAUCACGCGGUGCCCGAAGAAGGCGGGCCCGAACAAUGCCAGUACUGCCUGCAGCGGUUCAUAUCUGAUACAGAACUGCGGGCACAUCUCAACACGGCUCACCCCGCCGAUACUAAGUCGCCGGAGAUGUUUACAUACGCAUGCCUCAUAUGCGAGGUCCGUUUCGCCGCAGUGCUAACUCUGGCGUCGCACAUGCAGAAGUGCCAUGUGCCUCUGGAACUGCCGUACGCGUGCGGCUCCUGCGACUACCGCGCGUCCAGCCACCGCGCCGCCUGCGACCACUACCGCGCCCGACACGCGCGCGACAAUACGCUGCACUGUCCGCACUGCCUCAAGGUAAUAAUAGUAUACGCGGACGGGCACGAGCUGACCGCCAACGUGAUGCUGUACAUCGACCACCUGAAACAGCACCACGGCCAGCUCGAUAUACGCUGCAACAGAUGCGUGCUGCGGUUCCUGCACCUUGGUCAAAUGAAAGAACAUCAAGUACGUGAUCACAACACAGUGGAGAAUGCAACUCCUUUGUGUUCAGAAGACCAUUUGAUCAACCAACCAAAGAACAAGGCUCGUCCUCCAGUAAAAGACACGGCGAGUCACAACAUAACGGAGUCGUACGAAGACAUGACGCUAGUGCUGCCCGACGGCUUCCUGUGCCGCGAGUGUGACACUCCGCUAGAGAGCGACAAGCACUUCCUUGGCAGCGCGCGAUGCACCAAGUGUCCAUUCGUGAGCUCCUGCUACCGCGCGUUACUGCAGCACGCGGGGCUCUGCGCCGGACCACACUGCCUCGAGGACGCGCCCCGCGCCGCGCCCGCGCCCGCCCGCUGCGUGUGCGGCUACCACACGCACACAGGCACUGACAUGCUGACACACUUGCUGAUGUGUGAGCACAAAUCUGCGUACGCGACGGAAGAAGACGCGCGUGCCAAUACCGUAGGGGCGGGCCCAGACGACAACUCGCAUAAACUCGCCGACGACGCGCCCCCAGAACCGGUGCAAGAAAGCGUGCCGGCAAUAUCGGACUACGCCCCGCCCUCGGUGCUCAACACGCAGCUGUCGCUGGACGACCUCGCCCCGCCAUCAGUCUUGCAGUCGGAUCAGAAUGAUCAAGAGCUGCUGAAAGAUGCUUAUGACCGUCCGCUAGCGACGCCGCGCCACGAGGAGCCCCAAUACACCCUCGGAGACUUUGAGCCUUUGCCACAAGAGCCUCCACCACAACCAGACUUUGAGCAACUUUAAAUUCUCAUAUUACUUCCUAAAGUUCUAUUUGUUCUGUAGUAAUUAAGCAAUAUGAUGAAAUAUAUUCAUUUAUAUAUAUUCUAUGAUUUAAUUCUCAUUUUUGAAUAGAUUGUGUAAAGUUUUACAAUGGGAUACUGAAGCUUAAAUAAAGUGUCAUUAUUGAAAAUGAAAAAAAUCAUCUUUUCUUUUUUCUUUUCUUCUUGAAUUGUAGAGUAACUUUGUUGACAACUCCAUAAUCCUCAAUACUACUACAGUCGUUGUUUAAUAUUAAACCAUCAUAACUCAAGUCAUAUGUUUUCCAAAUAUACUUCCAAGAUAUCUUUACUUUGUUUCCAAUUCGUUUUUGAUAUAUCUCGAAAUGCCUUGCUACCGCCUUCUUUAGAUCAAUCACUUUUGUAUCUUGAGGAACCUAUAA